ACGUGAAUCUUGGCACGUCUCCCAGCGGCCGCCCUCCCGAGGUCACGUGCGGAGUCCCUAUUAAAAGACCUGCCGCCGCCUAACCAGCCUCGCGGUACUAGAGCGGCAAUUGGCGGGGUUGCAAGGGGCUUUUGCAUAGACGACCAGUGUUACAAGAUGUCUCUCAAAGAAAAACUGAUUGAACAUGUCCAUAAAGAAGAACAAGAACAUGCCCACAACAAAAUCACUGUGGUUGGGGUUGGUGCAGUUGGCAUGGCUUGUGCCAUAAGCAUUUUGAUGAAGGAAUUGGCUGAUGAACUUGCUCUUGUUGAUGUUGUGGAGGACAAGCUGAAGGGAGAGAUGCUGGAUCUUCAGCAUGGCAGCCUCUUUCUCCGAACACCAAAGAUAGUCUCUGGAAAAGAUUAUGCAGUGACUGCACACUCUAAAUUGGUCGUCAUCACUGCUGGAGCUCGUCAACAAGAAGGAGAAUCUCGUCUUAACCUGGUUCAGCGCAAUGUGAAUAUCUUCAAAUUCAUCAUUCCCAAUAUUGUCAAGUACAGCCCUCACUGCAAGCUGCUUGUUGUUUCCAAUCCAGUGGAUAUUCUGACCUAUGUGGCAUGGAAAAUCAGUGGCUUUCCUAAGCACCGUGUUAUUGGAAGUGGCUGUAAUCUGGACUCUGCCCGUUUCCGCCAUCUGAUGGGUGACAGGCUGGGUAUCCAUCCUCUCAGCUGCCAUAGUUGGAUUAUUGGAGAGCAUGGGGAUUCCAGCGUGCCUGUCUGGAGUGGUGUGAACGUUGCUGGUGUCUCCCUAAAAGAAUUGCAUCCUGAAAUGGGUACUGAUGCAGACAAGGAGAACUGGAAAGAAGUCCACAAGCAGGUGGUGGACAGUGCUUAUGAGGUGAUCAAGCUGAAGGGAUACACAUCAUGGGCAAUUGGUCUGUCUGUGGCUGAUCUGGCUGAAACCAUCAUGAAGAAUUUAAGGAGAGUACAUCCAAUUUCUACAAUGGUGAAGGGUAUGCAUGGAGUUAAAGAUGACGUUUUCCUAAGUGUUCCAUGCAUUCUGGGUUCUUCAGGCAUUACAGAUGUGAUCAAAAUGACUCUGAAGACUGAAGAAGAAAAUAAAUUGAAGAAGAGUGCUGAGACACUGUGGGGAAUCCAAAAGGAGCUUCAGUUUUAAGUCUCUUUUUGCCGUUUACUAAUGUGAAACAGGCCUUAGUUGAUGGUUAUUUGCACUUUUCAAAUGAGACAGUUCCUUUACAAGUAUGUAUCUGACGCAUCAAUGGUUAAUUUACAACAAAAUUCCUGUUCCUCAUUUAGAAACAGAAGCUGCAAGAUUCCUAUCUUGAUCUGUGACCAGAAUAGGAAUAUAAUGUAGUUUUAUGAAGGGACAUACAGUUGAUCCAGCAUCUACUUAAAACGCUACUAAAUGAAAUUCUCCUGCUUUUUCCCAGUUAAUAUCAGAUCAGAAAAUAAGUUACUUGGUUUUCCAAAGACUUUGCUAUCAAAAAUGAUUGGCAAAUUCACUGACCAAUAUUUUCUGCUGACAGGUGACUUAAAUUUCCACUACUUAGCAAUGUAUUUUUCCUGACAUCACUGCUUCAGGUCUUUGUGUAUAUUUUUUCAAGAGAACUCACUGUACUCUCCUGUGGGAACUGUGUAUGCAACAUUUCGAAUUGAUGCAAUUGUCUAGCUUUAGUACCAGCCCAAAAGAGCAAAAUAAACAUCAAUUACUUUU